CCCAUUUUCUUCGCACGGUUACAGAUAUUGAGGAGACAACUUUUGAAAAUUGUAAGCCUGCUACCUUGAAAUAUGUAACUUCCUAUUUCUUUGUCCAUUUAAUUUUGUCAUCAAUUAUUCUCUCUCGUGGGUGGACUUUUCCACACUUCGUCCGAUGACACGUAUACACUGCACUGCACUUUAGACCAAAUUGAACGGUGUAGUUCAUGAGUUUUUGUUGGGGUUAAAUUUCAGGCAAGGAGUAAAAGAGAGAAAAGGAUGAAUAGGGAACUCUUCCUUGCUUUGGAAACUGGUGAUCUCACUGAAAUUCAAAGAUUACACUGGCAGGAUCCACAAGUUCUGCUUGGCGUGACUUUCCAAGGAGACACUCCUCUGCACAUUGCUGCAAGGGAAGGUCAUAUGUCCAUUGUUGACUGGAUUCUUCAACUGAAACCGUCUUUGGCUGGAGCUCCUAACAAGGAUGGCAAUACACCACUGCAUGAAGUUGCUAAAUGUGGCAAUCCAGAGCUAAUCAGAAUUCUCCUUCGACACAGGAGGUUUUCUGUCUACCGAUCCAAUAAGUUUGGAGAGACAGCUCUGAUAAUAGCUUCCAGGUAUGGCCGUCUGGAAUCUGUUCACCGUUUGCUUGGAGCAUUUCCCUACACCGACGCAUGGCAAAUGAGUAAAUCUUUUAGAGAGGCAGCUUACGGGAGACAUCCAGGUAUAGCGAGGGCCAUACUUAAUCAACCCAUCAUACCCCGACCGUUCAGUCGUCGAUUACAUGCUUUGGUUGAAUGGGAUACAUAUGAAGACGUAGCGAAGGCCACGAUUAAUAAUCUCAGCAAACCAUUCAAACUUUGGGGUCCUAAAAUUUUCACAGUCCGUAGUAAUCUGUUAGAGGCCGUCCAUGGAGGACAUCCUGAGGUUGUAUAUGCAGUGCUAGAUUCUCCUGCAUGGAAAUACUACGUAAUGACAGCGAAGGAUGAGUAUGGAAGGUCUGCAAUACAUGUAGCAGCCAUGAAGGGCCAUUGGGACAUAAUCAAUGUGUUUAUGUCAAGAUGGCCAUACUGUGUCGAAAGCCGGAGUUCAGAUCAUAAGUCUGUUGUGCACUUUGCGGUGGAAUAUAAUCAAUUUCAGAUAGUGCAGAUUCUGCUACUAACCAGAUCGCCUCUAAGAGUUGCGGAGUUAGUGAGCCGCGAUCAUGACUGUUUUUACAAUACAGUAUUACAUUUGGCAGCGACAAAUGGAGUGAAUCCGCAGCUGGUGGAAUACCUUGUCUCACGUCUAGGUGUAAACGUGAAUGCCCUGAACAAUGAUAAUCUGACUGCACUUGACAUAGCGUCUGCAGCUUCUCAUCACAACCCCAAUUGUGCCAUCAUCAAACAGAAACUCGAAGAUGCAGGAGGCAUUCGAUUCAGUGUCAUGCCAAAAUCUAAUACCACUUCUGUUCCAAGUGAUGCCAAUGAUUCGAAUGAAGGGGGAGACAGAGAUAUUGUCAAUACACAAAUAGUAGUGGCAUCGCUCAUUGCCACCGUCACAUUUGCGGCCAUCUUUCAAAUCCCUGGGGGAAUUGAGGAUGACGAAAAGAGUAUACACUAUGGGGCUGCCAAGAUGGUAUUUCAUAAACUUUUCAAAAUUUUCAUAUUCUCUGACAUCGCAGCUUUCAUCACUUCCUUUACAGUGGUUGUCGCGUGGUUGAUUCGACAAUUGUUGGGAGACACUUCUUUAACAAGAACUUUGGCAUUGUCCCAUGUGUCAGUCGUGACGUUGAUAGUCUCAAUCUGGUGGACGACAGCAGCAUUCCUGAGUGCCACUAUUAUCAUCACAGUACCCUCUAAUUAUAAGAAUUUGAAAAGUACGCAUAAAAAAGAUUUCUACAAGUAUAAAUCGCUUUUGACACGAGAGCUUGAUGUUGCAAUCAUCUCAGCAUUUUAUGUUGGCAUGCCGCUUUUGAUUUUUCUUUAUAAUCUUUUUAAGCGGCAGAGGACAGUUGAAUUUUCUAAACUCGCCGUGUGUUUUCCAUUGUUUAUGGUCACAUUAGUUAUUCUUAUAUUUACAUUUGCAAGAGAGAGAUUCCUUGUGGGUGAAACACAUGUAAUUUAAGGCCUCAAUUUGAUGGCCAUAUUUGUAUAAUUUUGUUAUAAAACACAAUU